UUCCUCCGCCCACAGGCUGGGGUCCGGUUCAGCCCCUUCUCCUUCGGCGCAGCCGGCCCGGCGCUGCGAUGACCGUCACCUACACAGCCCGCGUGGCCAAUGCGCGCUUCGGCGGCUUCUCGCAGCUGCUGUUGCUGUGGCGCGGGAGCAUCUACAAACUUCUGUGGCGCGAGCUGGUCUGUUUCCUGGGGCUCUACAUGGCGCUGAGUGCCGCCUAUCGCUUCGUGCUGACCGAAGGGCAGAAGCGCUACUUCGAGAAGCUCGUCAUUUACUGUGACCAGUAUGCCAGUCUCAUCCCGGUCUCUUUCGUGCUGGGUCCCCACGCUCCCAACCGAGUGAUUCCUUGUGGCCAGGGUGACAACCUGCCUAUGUGCCCCGAACAUAGGCCCUGUGUCUCCACCUCCAUACUGACAUCCCAAUCCCACAUCCCAGGUUUCUAUGUGACGCUGGUGGUGCACCGCUGGUGGAACCAGUACCUCUGCAUGCCGCUGCCAGACGCGCUCAUGUGCGUGGUGGCAGGCACGGUGCACGGCCGCGACGAGCGGGGCCGCCUCUACCGGCGUACGCUCAUGCGCUACGCCGGGCUCUCGGCUGUGCUUAUCCUGCGCUCAGUCAGCACCGCGGUCUUCAAGCGCUUCCCCACCAUAGACCACGUAGUGGAGGCGGGAUUUAUGACCCGCGAGGAGCGUAAGAAGUUCGAGAACCUGAACUCGUCGUACAACAAGUACUGGGUGCCCUGCGUCUGGUUCUCCAACCUGGCUGCGCAGGCCCGGCGUGAGGGUCGCAUUCGCGACAACAGCGCCCUUAAACUGCUGCUCGAGGAGCUGACCGUGUUUCGGGGCAAGUGCGGAAUGCUCUUUCACUACGACUGGAUCAGCGUACCCCUUGUCUAUACCCAGGUGGUCACCAUCGCUGUGUACAGCUACUUCCUGGCCUGCCUCAUCGGUCGCCAGUUCCUGGACCCAGCUCAGGGCUACGAAGGCCACAACCUGGACCUGUGCGUGCCCAUCUUCACCCUGCUGCAGUUCUUCUUCUAUGCGGGCUGGCUCAAGGUAGCCGAGCAGCUCAUCAAUCCCUUCGGAGAGGACGACGAUGACUUUGAAACCAACUUUCUGAUCGACCGCAACUUCCAGCCCAUCCUGAGGGGUCCACCCCGUGCACGCCCGCAGGUGUCAAUGCUGGCCGUGGACGAGAUGUAUGACGACCUGGCCAUGCUGGAGAAGGAUCUGUACUGGGACGCAACUGAGGCUCGCGCCCCCUACACCGCAGCUACCGCGUUCCUGCGGCAGCAGCCGUCCUUCCAGGGCUCCACCUUCGAUAUCACGCUGGCCAAAGAGGACAUGCAGUUCCAGCGGCUGGACGGCGUGGACGGGCCGCUGGGCGAGGCGCACGGCGACUUUCUGCAGCGCCUCCUGCCGGUAGGCGCAGGCAUGGGCGCGGGAGGCCUGCUGGGCCGGCGCCUGUCCUUAAUGCGCCGCAAGAACAGCUGCGUGUCUGAGACGUCCACAGCCGCCAGCUGCACGUGCGCAGGCGCCCCCGACGGCACGGCCCCGGAGUGCGGUUGCGGGGACCCGCUGCUCGACUCCGGCCUGCGGGAGCCAGAGCCGGAGCUCCCCGCCGGCCCCGAGCUGCCCGUCCCGGGGCCCGCCGCCGAGCCCUUCACCACUGUGCCUAUGCCCGCGCCCCGGGGCCCGGCUCCACCCUGGCUGCCCAGCCCCAUUGGCGAGGAGGAGGAGAGUCUAGCCUGAGGCCCUCAGGCCCAGGAUCCCCCAAGGACAGGGACACAAAUCCCGACAGGGCACGCAGGCAGCAGUCCGGGUCUGCAUAAGCCGCGUGUGGACUCCAUCUGUCCGAUUUUGACCCGUUCCCGCCUCCUGCGCGCCGGCCUUCACGUCUGGCACUGGGGCUUGGAGCGCCUCCAGUGGGCCAGGCACUGGGCUAAGGGUGAAGGAUUCUUCCAGCUUCUUUGAACAGGCGGUCCUUCCCACCAGCUCUACUUCCCUCCCUCCACUGCCUGAAAGGCCCCCAUUAGUGUGCCCUGCCUUCAUUCUUUCCUUAAAGUGGAGACGUGAGUGCCUACCUCAUUGAGUUAUGGGGAUGAAAUAACGGUUUUAGAAUGUUGAUUACAUAAUAGGUGCUCAAUAAAAUGUUA